AUGGGUUUUCGUUUACCUGGUAUGAGAAGGGCAUCAUUUAAUGCAAACCAAACAUCUAUAAAAGUUGUGGACGUGCCAAAGGGCUCUCUUGGAGUCUAUGUUGGAGAGGAAAUGAAGCGGUUUGUGAUCCCCGUUUCAUACUUGAACCAAUCUUCUUUCCAAGACUUGUUAAGCCAAGCUGAGGAAGAGUUUGGAUAUGACCAUCCCAUGGGUGGCCUCACAAUUCCUUGCAGCGAACAUGUGUUCUUAGAUAUCACUUCUCGCAUGAAUAGAUGCUAAUUAACACCAUGAAGAUAAGACUGACGCAGAUAGCUGCUAUUAACAUAAUUUUUGUAACACAAUUCC